AGAAUGCCUUCUCACCGAGCCGCCUUCGACACACCCUCCCCGAGAAGAUAGCAGUGUUAACCCACAAUGACUAUAAAUUUAAGUGAAAAUGAUCUCUUGCACCAGAUGUGACGUUUGACAGUGCCAAAACAAUGUUUUGCUGUAAAGAACUGAAACUACUCUACGCCACUGUUGUCCUGUUGCUUGAAGCCGAGUUAUUAGUGAACACGGGUGCUAUGGAGUCGAAGAGGUCUUCCAUAUUAGUGGCGCAAAACGCGGACGAUCUUAGGUCGUUAGACCUAUGUACUUCUAGGAAUCAACAAAGACUGGGCAGUGUGUUUGGUAACUUCACACGGCAUCACAAAAAAGGUCACAGAAGAAGAACAACAACGUCAACAAUACAAACAACAGUUCUUCUCACGACAGACAAUGAUGAAGAAACAACUGAAGCUUAUCAAUCAACAACAGAUUAUAUUUUGAGUACAGCCACAUAUCCAAAACUACCCAAACCCUUACGCCUCUCAGCAUCAAUACUAGAUAAAGAAUUUAAUGAAGAUGUACAUAAUUUAGAUAAACUCAUUGAUGAAGUUCAUGAACAUAGAGAGAAACACCAUGGGAAGCAUAGGAUAACAGAUAUAGAAAUUGUUAAAGAAUUAGAAGAGGCUUCAUUGAAGAAGUCUUUGAAUAAAGUUAAGAAAAUGUACAGAGAUUCCACGGCGUCUGCCGUGAAUAAGUUAAGUGGUAAGGGUGGCAAGAGUGGUAUAUUUUUGACUGAGAAUUGUACAACAGUUAUAGCUCAAAUAGGCACAACGGCUAUACUGCAUUGUGAAGUUAGUGAUAUCACCGAAAAUACGGUGACGUGGAUAAGGAAAAAAGACUACUCGUUGCUGUCAGUGGGACUCGUCACUUACAGCGCAGACAGCAGAUUUUUUUCAGCGCACGGCAGACACGUCAAGGACUGGGCGCUGCACAUUCGCUUCGCCACUUCGGCCGACGCGGGCUACUAUGAGUGUCAAGUGCCCACACACCCGCCUACUAGUAUAUUCUUCAAACUUGUUCUUGUUGCGGCGUACGCAGAAAUAGUGGGUGAAUCCGAGAAAAUCAUCCACGAGGGUUCCAUGCUGCGACUGGUGUGCGUGGUCAAGAGAUCUACGGAACCCCCCUCGUAUGUGUUCUGGUACUUCGAGAAUCGGAUGAUCAACUACGAUCAGAACGGAGUCAACGUCCACAACGGCAGACAAACCAGCGAGCUGGUGAUAGGCAAGGCGGAACCAAAGCACGCUGGAAACUACACCUGCGUGCCUGCCAACGCGAAGGCCGCCUCUGUGACUGUUCACGUUGUUCAAAGUGAGACGCCAGCCGCCAUGCAACACGGCAACAGCUCGUCUGCUUUUACACAAAAAUCACAUACACUCAUACAAUUACUGGUCAUCGUUGUAUCUAUAAAAGUUAUACUCUCGUACUAUAAGGAAGUCGGAUAACGUAUUUUGUUUUAAUGUAUAUUAUACAUAGACAUACGAUGUUGUUUUAUACCUCUGUGUUAUAAAUUCUCAGAUUUUAAAGUAUCGUGUUUUGGCUACAAAUGAAUCUUGUAUAUUUAUCUUCAUUUUUACCGACAGUUUUGAAUAAAUUUCAUUAAAUUUAUUUCAUUAAAUGAAAAGGAAAUAUUGAGCCCAAAUUAGUGAAAUCAUUUUUAAAAUUAAAUGUCCAAUUAAUGGAAAAUACAUGCAUUUAAUGGAACUUCAGGGAACAUUUUAGCGAACAUUCCAAAUAUGGGAUAAGCGAAAUUCCUGGAACACAUUGAAUGUAAGUAAUAAUCUUUUUUGAUUAAUUUCGCUACAUCGUGCCAAUUUAUUACAUUUGAAUUGAUUCACACUGGUUUGUUUGUAUUUAGGUAUACCUACACAUUCAUUUGGAGUUAUAAUAAUGUUGUGCUCAUUAAAAUUUGAACUUAAGGCUUGAUUAUUUUUUUUUUAAUCAAGUUCAGGAUUGUUUGUAGCUAAACGCUAAUAUUUUUCAAAGUUGAAAUUUGUCACGGUUAAUAAAAUAAAAGAUUUAAUGAAAUCGUAUACCAAACGAGUACAAUAACGUAUCGAUGUAAAUAAAUUGUGAAAUAUAAUAUUAGUAAGUCAUGUAUAAGGAAAUGUAAUUAUCUGUCAUUUGAAAUAAUAAGAAUA